GGUGGAUAAGAAAGUCUUCGUGAUCACGUAUCAGGAUAGAGACAAAUAAUCAACCAAAGAAAUGUCCAAAGGUAAACCGUUAUCACUAAUCGUUGCUACGCUAUUUCCUGAAUUUGGCAUCGGCUUCAAAAAUGCCCUGCCCUGGAAGCUUCGCAAUGAGAUGAAGUACUUCAAGACAGUUACUACGAACGCGCCAACUGGGCAUCAGAAUGCUGUUAUAAUGGGUAGAAACACAUGGGAAUCCAUUCCCGCUAAAUUCAGACCUUUGCCAAACAGGUUGAAUGUCAUCAUUAGCUCAACCUUGAGUAACUUGCCCAAUGAGGACAACGUCCACUAUUACAACACGGUUGAGAGCGCACUGGACGCUUUGAACUCCAUGGAUACCAUCCACAGAGUGUUUAUCAUGGGGGGUGCCCAGCUGUACAACCACUGUCUUUACAACAAGUUGGUUGACGAUUUACUCAUAACUGAGGUCUAUAGCAAUUCUCAAGACGUUGAAGUCCCCAUGGAUACCUUCUUGGGCAAGGAAUUCAUCCUUGACAACUAUACAAAGACAUCAAGAGACGCGUUGGAGCAACACCUGGGUUUCAAGCCGGAUGAAAAACAAACAGAAGGCACCUUCCAAUACGAAUUCACAUUAUAUAAGUUGAAAUAAACGCCAUGUGUAAG